GCCGAUACGAAGUCGGUUACCGUGGAAUUCAAAUCGAGGCUCAUUUCCGAAGAAGACAAAUUGUGGAAAGAUCGUGCCGAUGAAGAGCAAACCGCGCGCGAUGAUACAACCCCUUCGCAAGAAGACGACGGCACCGAUGGUGUCAGUCGUCGGACUGGACUCGGACACACUGCACAUGGCACAGCAGCUGCUCACGUUCAGUCGACCGCCGACCCCAACACGGGAAUUUGCCACCACCACCACCACCACCGACGAAAUCCACCAACACUCGCAGUUGCUUACACCGCCGCACAAGAUCGUGUCCCCCCUCAAGUUUAAGCGCCUCAGCAUGUCACCGGUUCCAUUUCCGAACGCCGCGCUGUCGUCCAUGCUCAUCAAUUCAUGCGAGAAUAUCGCGCCCGAGGAACUCCUCCGACAGCAUCGCCUGCGCUUCAAAGCAGUCCGCAAGCGGUGGCAAAAGUGGCAUCACGAACGACACAAGCGCCUGUCCCGCUUCGAGUUCAAACAAUCGCCGCGUCCAUCCAGUCCAUCAACGCCUUGCCAGCCCCAUAAGAGGGAGACGAACCACGCCGUCAUAUGCAGGACAAUCAUUUGAAUCAUCCCUUGUUCAUUUUGUAAUCAUUUUUGAAUGUGUUAUUGUGCUUGCCCAUGGUGUAAAGUGACUUGCCACUUGAUCCACGCCAAUAAGCACGUUGCCACAUUUGCGUUCACUGUACCUAUCACUAUCAUCAUGCCGACUUGCCAAGUUCUUUAUCGUUUUCCGCUGUGAUGGAAGGCGUCAUGAAGGUUGCGGCGAGGGGGUCGGGGUCGUGGGUCAUGAUCUCAUCGAGGCGCUUCAUGCAUGUCGCGGUGUUUGGAAUCAACGUGACGGGUUCCCACGUGAUCGUGUCGGUGGUGGAGGUGGACACAUCUCCGCUCGCUUUCUGCAUGCAAUAUGAUCACAUUACGUGAUUGAUGGAGAAACGUACCUUGCGGCCGAGGGCCAACGUCCGCUUGAGCAUGGCGGAGAUCUGGGUCGGGUUCAAGAUGGGUUCCGCAUGCUUCUGCACAGCCUCCAUGCGGUCCUGCACCUGCUUCGUGGAGGCAGCCAUCGCGUCUACUAUGCGCUCCAUAUGAUCAAUGGCGCGAAAUUGCCGCUGCAAGAGGUCGCUUCGAUGGAGCAGCAGGGCGAUGGACUCGCGGGUUUCUUCGUCCGUUUCCAAGUCGACAUGCGCGUCCACGAACGCACAUGCCUCGUCAAUCUUGUACAUGGCAAGAGCCAAACGCUCCUCCAACGCCUGGGUCACAUUGUUUCGCUCAAAGAUCUGCCCCGCGAAGUCAGUGCAUGCCGCCUUCAAGUUCUCCUUCAUGUUGCCAGAAUG